ACAGGGAACAAAAUGCCCAACCAAACCACUCAAGCGGUUUUCCUCCUUCUGGGUUUCUCAGAUAUUCGGCAGCUGCAGAUCUUACACUUUGUGGUUUUCCUUCUGAUUUAUUUAGCAACCAUCAUGGGAAAUCUUGUCAUCAUCAUAUUAGUCAUUCUUAACCGCCAUCUUCAUACACCCAUGUAUUUUUUCCUGAUGAAUUUAUCUAUUGCAGACAUUGGCAAUAUAUCAGUGAACAUCCCCAAAGCCAUGAGCAGUUCUCUCAUGAAUACUAGGCUGAUUUCCUAUUCAGAGUGUGUUUCUCAAGUCUUUUUUCUCAUAUUCUUUGCAAUGACUGACUUGGUUCUAUUGACCAUUAUGGCUUAUGACCGAUAUGUUGCCAUAUGCAAUCCACUGCGAUAUGAGAUCAAGAUGAACCUGGGAGCCUGUAUCCAAAUGGCAGCUGGUGCAUGGGUCACUGGAGUUUUUUGUGCUGCAUUACACAGUGGGGGCACCUUUUCCACCACUUUCUGCUCCAAUGUCAUCAACCAAUUUUUCUGCGAAAUACCACAACUACUCAAACUCUCCUGCAAUGACAAUUAUACAAUUGAAUUUGGGGUCAUUAUAUUUGCUGCAUGGUUAGCUUUUGGCUGCUUUGUCUUCAUCAUUUUUUCUUAUGUGCAGAUCUUCACCAAUGUGCUCAGAAUCCCUUCUGGGCAGGGAAAGAAGAAAGCCCUCUCUACCUGCUUACCUCACCUCAUUGUUGUCUCUUUGUUCAUCUUUACGGGCACCCUGGCUUAUUUGUGCCCAACAAACAGGACCCCAAAUGAUGUGGUUAUGAUGAUUGCUGUUCUAUAUUCCAUAUUGCCACCCAUGAUGAAUCCAGUGAUUUAUAGCAUGCGAAACCAAGAAAUUAGAUCUGCACUGUGCAAGCAUUUUGGAUGGAGCUUAUGUUCCAGUCAGCAAAUGUCAAUUGUCCUCUUUUAG